AUGCACUCCAAUGUGGAAAAGGUCGAGAGUCUGCAUGGCUGCCCUGCGGCACAGGCGGCGCAGACUACCCAUUUUGCACAGGAAACCGGCGUCACCAAGUCGCAGGCAAGAAAGCAUCACUCUUUCUACUUUUCGCAACUCAUGCUGGCUAUGAUUGCCCUUAUCGUGGCCUGGGAUGUAACAGCUCUCUCUCUGGCUCUACCGAUUAUUGCCCAAGAGUUACAAGGAACGGAUUUCCAGUCAUUCUGGGCCAGCAUAGCAUUCAUUUUGGGCAUCGCCAUCACUCAACCUAUCUACGCCAGCAUUUCAGACGUGGCAGGUCGCAAACAAGUCCUCUAUGCAUCCAUUCUCCUAUUCGGCAUUGGAUGA